AUGGCGGAAAAUCGAAAACCGAAAACGUUGACAAUUGAGCAAAAAUACGAAAUUCUUCAGAUGUUAGAAAGAGGUCAAACUCGGAGAAUCGUAAGAGAAAAAUACAAUAUUUCAAGUGCCUCCGUGAGCUAUAUAUAUUCACACAGAAAAGAGAUUAAACAAUAUUUCGAAACCAACCCAGUGAUUACCAGCCGUGUCACACAACGUUUACGAUUGACACAGUCAGCGAAUUUAGACAGUGUUCUUUACCAGUGGUGCAUACGAUGUAUGAAGAAUAACGUAGGAAUAACAGGAGUAGAAAUACAGAGAAAAGCUCUGGAACUUAAUGAAAAAUUAAACAGAGAUUCUUAUUUUAAAGCCGGUGAAAGUUGGUUACAAAACUUUAGAAACCGUCACCAUAUUAGUCAUACAGAUGUCAGGCAAGAUUUUCCAAUCCCAACUACAGCUGCAGCAGACACCUUCAAAGUUGAUUUUAACACACUUCUGCAAAACGAGGGGUACACAUUGGAGAACGUUUACAAUGCCAAUUACACAGCAAUAAUGUGGAAAGCAGUACCAAAAGAAACUUUGACUUUUCGCCGUGCGAAAUCGACAUCAAGCCAAAAAAUGUGCGAAGAUCACGUUACUACACUUUUUUGUGCAAAUGCUACCGGAUGUCACAAGUUGCCGGUAUUAGUAAUCGGCAGAACUGCGGAUAUUCGAAGUUCACACAAUUUGAAUACAAAUGCCCCCACAACUAUCUACACAGCAAACGCCAAUGCUUGGAUGAACGAUUCCAUUUUCAAUCUAUGGUUCGAAGAAUGUUUCAUAAAAUCAGUAAAAGAAAGACAAGAGAAGAACGGGCGCAGGGAGAAAACUCUGUUGUUACUAGGUAAUGAUAGGUUACUUCCCGAUCUCAAGAAUCUGAAUAAUAUAGAUAAAUUCGUUACAGUUAUGAGUGUUCCACCUGACGUAACAGAACUCAUACAGCCAAUGAAUUGUGGAAUAAUAACAUGUUUCAAGCGAAAGUACCGAAAAGAAUUGGUGAAAGCAUUAAUGCCAUUACCUAGAUGCAAUACGAGGAGAGAAGUGAUAGACCUCUAUGAAGAAUUAAACGCGUGGGAUUGCUGCCGCAUUGUACGUAAUGCUUGGUCGUAUGUCGACGAUGCAAUAAUGAUAAACGUGUGGAACAGCCUUUUGAAACGUGAAGGCACACGGAGUAUAAACUACUCAAAAAAAAUAAAAAAUGACGUAGAUGAAGCAAUUGAAUUGCUGCAUAGCUUACGUGGGUGCGAAUGGUGCGAUACACCCAGCGUGUUAAACUGGUUUGUAAUUGAUGACAUGCGUAAUAUAGUCAUAAAGAUGUGUACCGACGAAGUUAUUCGAGAUUUUGAAAUCGAAUCUUUGGAUGAAUCGGACAUAGAUAUUGUCGACGAUGAAGCUGGCCCUUCUGGUGCGAAGUUUCCAAGGUUCAGCUAA